AUGGAAGAAAUCACACGUUCGAACUUCCCACCGGAAGAGACGGAAAAGGGGGUCCGUACGCCGUUGGACGGAGCGACGAAUGGAAAUCAACUGUCCACCGUUGACGAUGGCGCACAAGUCCCACCUAUAGAUGGUGGAAUCAAUGCGUGGCUCUUCCUCGCAGCAUGCUUUGCCAUGGAGGCAUUGGUCUGGGGAUUUGCAUUCACAUACGGUGUGUUCCAAGCGUACUACAGCGAUAUCCCCCAAUUCAAAGACUCCGGGAACAUUGCCGUAGUAGGAACAUGUGCUAUGGGUAUCAUGUAUCUCGACAUCCCACUUGUCUUCGCCGUCUACCGACAAUGGCCAAGAUUUCAACGCCUCGGCUGUGGCCUGGGUGUGCUCAUGAUGUGCGCGGCUCUUGGCCUCAGCUCACUCGCUACAAACACAAACCACCUCAUCAUUACCCAAGGCAUCUUCUAUGCCCUCGGUGGUAGCAUUGCCUACGCCCCCUGCAUCCUCCUAAUGGAGCAGUGGUUCGACCGGCGUAAGGGCCUCGCAUUUGGUGUGAUGUGGGCCGGCACUGGACUUGGUGGCGCCGUCCUACCCAUCGUCAUUGAACAGUUGCUGGGCAAAUAUGGGUUCCGCAUUACACUGCGUGGGUUCGCAGUCGUAUUGUUCGUCCUCACUGGACCACUGGUGUACUUCGUGAAACCACGCGUGCCAAUCCCAGCGAAUCGACCCAGCCCAUCUGCCCCGAACAUGCGGUUCCUAUUCACGUCUACAUUUGGUAUAUUUCAGCUGUGCAACACGGUCGAGGCUCUCGGGUUCUUCUUGCCGUCGAUCUAUCUCCCGACUUAUGCUGGCAUGAUUGGAGCCUCGACAUCUCUCCAGGCAUUGACAGUCAUCUUAUUCAACUCGGCAUCUGUCAUUGGAUGUGUGCUCAUGGGAACUAUCAUCGACAACUUCGAUGUGACUAUUUGUAUUUUGGUGAACACCGUUGCAUCCAGUAUCGGCGUCUUCCUGAUCUGGGGCUUCUCAAUGUCCCUCGCUCCAUUGUUUAUCUUUUCUAUCCUGUACGGUCUUUCUGCAGGUUCGUAUACCAGCACUUGGCCUGGUAUUAUGCGCGAUGUGGUACGCAAGACGCCAUCAGCAGAGUCGAGUAUGGUGUUUGCGUCUCUUUCGGCUGGAAGAGGUAUUGGGAAUUUGGUCUCCGGUCCUUUGAGUGAGGCUCUUAUCAAAGGUAUGCCAUGGGAGGGGGAUGCAGGAUAUGGAUAUGGGAGUGGAUAUGGAUCGUUGAUUGUUUUCACGGGUGUUACGGGCCUUGUGGGUGGUGGAAGCUACCUUGCCAGGCGCAUGAAAUGGCUAUAA